GAGCGCUGCGGGACUGCAUCUGAUGGUUGGUGUGGUGGCUGCAUUGUUGUCCCCUGAACAGUUCACCGGAUUGUUGUUUAGCUAUAUGUUGUGUAUCAAGAAGAAAUUUCGACUUGUUGGCCUACUCUGAAAUACACAAGAAGACUUGGUCAUCAAACGGUUUUGAAAAAUGGGAGAAAACUGAGAUAUGAAAGACAAAGAGGCCGCGAAUGGAACUGGAGCAACCAUCAUCAAGCAAGGAUAUAUCCGCUAAGCUAGCUAGCGAGCCAACUAGCCUGCCGCUAGCUUGAUACAUUGGAACACGACAUUUGGAACAAUAAUUUGGCAAGACUGAUACGACCUAGCUAACGGGGAAGAGAUCGUACAAUAUAUGUUGAUAAGGAACGAUUGAUAAGAAAGCACGAUUUAGCUGUGCAUUAGUUUCCUUGGAAGCCAAGUAUGUUAAUGGGAUGACGCUGUUCAACAAUAAUAACGUAAUCUAGACUGCUGAUUUUGGAAGUUAUCCCAAAACAAUUGGCAAGUAACGUUACGUCAUCCACACACUAGCUACCCAGCUAACUAGUGAAGCAACUAUUACUACUGUACGUACAGCGUCAGAACAAGGUGGUUGGACUGUCAUCUUUCUGGGAACUGCUGACAAAGUUAGCUGCCCAGUGGCCUAUUAUUCCUACUUUUUAAGAUAUAUUUUAACUUAGCUAUUUAGAUAGUAAAGUUAUUAGGUAAGGAGAAGUGAACAUGGGAGUAUUAUGACUAACACUUGAGCGUUAGUUAGCAAGUUAGCCUCUGGCGAGACCACUGGUAGGAACGAGGUGACAAUACUUUACAUUUUCGUGCUGUGAAGAUUUUUAGAGUGCAGUAGGGCUGACGAUCUAUUUGGACCUUUGGGGAUAUCUUUGGUUUUGCUGGACCGCUUACUAACAAUAACUUUAUGACGCGGGCCAAGUCCGUUACUUCAUUUUUGACUGACCACGCCGGCCACAGCUCCACAGCUCUUUCACCAUGGCAGCGGUUGUCAACUACUCACCUCCGUGGUGGGUCAAUUUGGUUCACCGACUCCCUCAUUUCAACCUUCAGUUCGAGCAGACCAGUAGUGAUUUUCGCCCGGAGGACUCGUCAUAUCAACAGUCCAUCUUGCUGCUAGGGUGUGUGGCUCUAGCCUGCCUGGCUCUGGACCUCCUGUUCCUGCUCUUCUAUUCCUUCUGGCUGUGCUGUCGGCGGAGGAAGACGGAGGAGCAGCCCAACGCUGACUGCUGCUGCACAGCUUGGUGUGUCAUCAUCGCCACCCUGGUCUGCAGCGCUGGCAUUGCUGUUGGUUUCUAUGGGAACGGUGAAACCUGUGACGGAGUGAACAGGCUGACGUAUUCCCUGCGCCAUGCCAACCGCACAGUGGCCGGAGUGCAGAAGCUGGUAUGGGACAGCACAGGGUCCCUGAACAAGACCGUGGAUGGCAGUCUGGGCCAGCUGGAGGGCCAGUACGCCAAGCACACUGACUACCUUUCCAUUAUCCAGAAACUGCAGGGCCAGCUGGACGAACUGGUGAGGCAGAUGGGGGAGAUCCCCUUCUGGGGCAACAGAGACAUCUCCCUGGAGGAGCUGGCGGUCAACAUCGAGCUCUACGACUGGUACAGGUGGCUGGGCUACUUGGGCCUGCUGUUGUUUGACGUCCUCAUCUGUUUGAUGGUGCUAUUUGGCCUCAUUCGCAACUCCAAAGGAACACUGAUUGGAGUGGGCCUGCUGGGUGUGUUGGCCCUGGUAGUCAGCUGGGCCUCCCUGGGACUGGAGCUGGCAGUCUCUGCGGCCUCCAGUGAUUUCUGCGUUGCUCCCGACAUGUUUGUCACCCAGAUGACAGAGCAGUAUGGAGUGCUCAAUAAAGACAUCCUGCAGUACUUCCUGGGAUGCAGUGUGGGCCAGACCAACCCCUUUCAACAGAAGUUGUCCGGCAGCCACAAAGCCUUAGUGGAGAUGCAGGACGACGUGUCUGAACUGCUGCGCUCUGCCACCAGAGAGUAUCCCCAGACCAAGGGGAAUCUGGAGCAGAUCCAGGGGGUGCUGAACACCACAGAGAUCGGCUUGCAUCAGCUCACUGCCCUGGUGGACUGUCGAAGCCUGCACAUGGACUAUGUCCAGGCCAUGACAGGGCUGUGUUAUGAUGGACUGGAGGGCCUGAUCUACUUGGUUCUGUUCUCCUUUGUCACGGCUCUCAUGUUCAGCUCCAUCGUCUGUAGUGUUCCUCACACCUGGAACACCAGGAGAAUUGAGGAGGACAGUGACGAGGAGUCCACAGCCCACGGUGGCCGGCUUCAGAACCACGACAACCUAUACCGGGUCCACAUGCCCAGCCUGUACAGCUGUGGCAGCAGCUACGGCAGUGAGACCAGCCUCCCAGCCGCCGCCCACACCGUCAGCAACGCCCCGGUCACAGAGUACAUGACCCAGAAUGCCAACUUCCAGAACCCGCGGUGUGAGAACACUCCACUGAUCGGGAGAGAGUCCCCCCCUCCCUCGUACACGUCCAGCAUGAGGGCCAAGUACCUGGCUAACAGUGGCCCCGCCCCCUCCACCCCCACCCCGCCCCCAGCACAUGACUCAGCACACCAAUCACACCAGCACACGCCACACCACCAGGCCGCCCAGCUGUAGACCGGCCCAGGGAACCGACAGGCCAGGGGAAACAUCUAGCCCUUUGGAAGCUCUUCAUCACUGCCAUCAACAUUCCCUCUCCGGUGCAGAACCUGAUCUCUUCAUCGCCCCUACUGGUCCUCUCCUCGCCCCUCUCCACAACGUCUCCUCACCCCUCUCCUCGACCCCAGCACCUACAUGAAACGGCAGAGCCUGACACCAUGUUUCUGAAGUGUGCUUUGGUAGCGGAGCUGAGAAAUGGACACAACAAGGCCUGCCCAUCACAUAAACAGUUGUGCUGUCAUCGCUGUGUCGUCUGGAGGCCCUUUUGUGAUGUUCUUAGACGGCGGCCCGUCUGGUGGUUUCCAGAACGCUGUGACACUGUUGUUGGUUCCUAGUGGCCCAGAAACAGUGCAGGCCGCCGUGUUGACUGGCCUCCAUUAACCGUUCCACUCCUCAGUCUGAUCAGUCCACCAAACACAGGAUCACGUUGACGCUGCCGUGUGAGGAUCUUAUCCAUGGGGGUUUUCAUACAACACAUUGGUUAUUAUUUUGUGUGUCUGCCACUAUGGGUUCACUUUGUGUCCUCAUUUCUGUACAAAAACCACUAGUUCUGUUAGGAGAGAAACGCAUCAACAGGUAUUGAAACGUAACUGCCCUUGCGGUGGUUAGGACUUACAGGAACAACUGGACCCCGGUGGUGCAUUUCAAUAGGGAUGUUGUUUGUUGUGAUUCUAUGUACUGUACUCUCUCAUUGCUGUAAGAGAUUGUGAGCAAUGCCUUACACACACGUCUGUAUAAUUGCUAGAAACUACUGUUCCCCAACUAGGACCAGUUUUUCCUCUAACAGUGAAGAAUCUCACGUUAUCCUGAUAUCUGGAGGACUUGCCACACGACCAGUGGAACGCCCGAUCUCAUGAAAGGGCAUUAGCGUUAGUGUUGUUAUAUUACAUUCCAUGUUCCUGACCAGUUUACAUGGACAUAUCAUUGCAUGAGCUGAGAUUACUUCUUGCAUAUGCAUUUGUCUUAUAUCUCAGACUGGAAUUGGAACCAGUCGUCUCCUGCAGAAUGUCUUACAGUGGGUCUUUGACUGCAACAUUUUGGGACCUCUUAACUGUACAGUGAUCCUGACCUGCAUGCUUAUGGCAGAUGUUUCCCUCAAAAAUGACGGUUGCCAUGGGAGCGAUUGUGUAUGCCACUAUUCCACUUGCGUUAGUGUAGCUACAUGGAUUUCAAACUGAGGAGUUUUGCUCUGGGGGAAAAACAACAUGGACUUAAUUUCCAGUGCUCUGAUUUCCACUGUGGCCCACUGUGUUGUCUCAUCACAUUUUUACAAACUGAGGUUAUCACAACUGCCAUUCUCAAUACAGUAGUUUGGUCAGUUGGUCAACCGAAUGUUCACACACACUUCUGUGGUACAGUUUUUUGUUCAUAACCGAAGAUUAUGUAGACAAGGAAAGGAGUUUUAUACUGAAGGAAACUGAUUUUUUCAACCGAUAGCUGAGGACUGGUUCCUGAUUGCUGAGAAACUAAACGGAAGACAGAGCUUUCCUCCCCCAUGAUGAUAACAAGUUUUCAUUUCAAAAGUAAUUUGCAAUGCUUUUCUCUAUUAGCCAGAUAGCUUGUGCCGGUGUUGGUGUUGCUCUGCAUAUAGUGGUCCGUGUAUUUGCUUCCCAGUCUCCCAUCGCCCUAACCGUCGUGGGAAUCGGCGGCCGGUCCACACCAUCUCUGGAAGCCUCAACAUUCUGCUCUGCUGAGCCCUGCUGUAGGACCAGAGUGUCUUUCCAGUGUCCAUUUAUCAGUAGUUCCUAUCAGGUGUGGUAUACAUGUAUUCUCAUGUACAGUUUUGCAUGUCAAAGGGGCUAAGAGAUCUGCAUAUGGACCACCCAAUGCGUCAUGUUGUCACAAAUAUGUUUAAGCAUAGAUAACUUGGGGGUGGAAUGAGGAGAUGCUGUGGUGAAGCUGACAUCAUUUGAAGCAUUCUACUUCAUCAUGUGUGGACUUGUUUCCCUCCUGAAAUGAAAUAUUUGCAUUGUUGCUAUUUGCCGCUUCUCUUGGCGCCUCUUUUUUUCUGCUUUUGUGAUCAAGAUGACUGUUGUGUUUAUUUCUCCAGACUGUGCCAAUAACCAAACACAACACCUUACCUUUCCUAUAGGUUUUUAAAUGUCUCACAGGCCUGUUUGUACAGUUCACAGCACUGUGGUUGCCUUAGCAACCAAAUGAGAAAAAUGAGCCCUACAUUUUAAACUGAAAAUUACCGUAUUUGUUACUCUCUAUGUGUGAAAGACCGUUUGUUAGUGCUGAUGCAAUCUGACUUUUCUGGAGUACAGGAGUAGUUGUAUUCUUUAAUGCUUGACCAAUGUACAAAACUUGGGGAAAAAACUGGUAAAACAGCAAUAUAAUUUUCCUUCAUUCAAUUUCUUUUACCAUUGAUUCUUUUUUAGUUUUAAUUGCAAUAUAUUAGGAUGUGUAGCAAGCACAAAAUCUUUCUUUCAUUUAUGUGAAUACGGUAAAUAGUUAUGGUCUUUCAUCGCAAUGUUUUUAUUAAGAUUUCACUGUAGAAUUACUCAAUGUUUUUAUAUAUUUCUUUGCUAUUGCUGAAAUAGCACAGCUUGAAUUCAGUGUUUUGAAAUUAAACCAACCAUAACUGUUGAA